UUAGUUUGUUCAAAGUAUUUUCUAUUGUUUUGUCAAAUGUCUUCUGAUCUCAACAACAGUAAUUAUACUUGUGAUGAGUUACCUCCAAGUUCGAUUAUAAAAUGGCCAGGUGUGCAUCUGAUUAGUAUUGAUUCGAUCAAAGACGCCAAAAUUGGUGCUGGAAUCGAGAAUUCUGUGGAUGGUGUGCGCACUGUUGGAAUUAUUUUGCAAAUAAAUGAAGAGGGAGUAAUUACUGGAAUUAAUGAAUGUUGUAGUUCUGGAAAGGAAAAUCUGCGCUUUAAGCUUAAAAAUGUUGAUUUGGUUGUUAAACGAAGCGAGCGUUAUGAUGGCAAAUUUAAUAAUGAUGAGAAUAUUGAACGUCUCGUUUUGGAAGUCAAGCCAUUCAGUCGUUUACCCACAUCUUCUUGGAAAGCUCUAAUUCAAGCGCGUUUGUAUGUUGCAGAAUAUGGUGGUUCUUUUCGUUUGGUGAUGGGGGAAGUGUUUGAAUUGUCGACAAAUAGUUCUGACCCUCCUUUGGAAUUGAGAAUUGAUCAGAAAAUAUUUGCAAUUAAAUUGGAAAUGCGUUACAUAAAUGAAUAUUAUCGCGAGAUGCCUUUGUUCAAAGAUGGAGAUUUGGAAGUUUUUGCUACUAAAUAUGAUCCGGAGCCUUUUGCUUGGGUUCAUCGUGCUUUGUUAGCAUUGUACACGCCAAGAUUGGUUUUGUCUGAUGAUGGAACAGUGCUCAAUAAUCGAAUUGUUUUGAAAGACCAUGAUAUCACCAAAGAACAGUUUAACGAACUUUUGUAUCAAAUCUAUCGAACAGGACGUCCAAUCUCUUCAAAUUUGGAAAAUCUUUCAAUUGCCGCCACAAAAUUGGAUUGUGAAUUAAUUCUUUGGAAAUUGUGUCGAUUUAUGGCUGGCAAUUCUGAUGAAUUAAAUUUUAUUGAAAAAGUUAGGAAGUCUGCAAAAUUGGGGUUAAACGAGGCAAUUAAACAAAUUAGCUAUAAUGUUGUGAAAACAGGCGAAUGGGAAAUGUUACAAAAUGGAGGUUUUGAUGCGCGUGAAUGUUUUGGUCAAAAGAUUUAUUGUAAUUAUGUUUUGCCUGCAAUUGUUGAGGCAAUCAACGAUAAAAAUAAUGUUAACAAUUCUUUUCUUCGUGCCUGUUUAUACGAACAAAAACAUAAAUGUCCAGUGCCUGGUUUUGAUAGUCCAUAUGAAGCAAGUAAUCCAUUCAACGCUAGUAUCGAAUUGGAUAAUAAGAAGUUCAUUUAUGUGAAUAUUGGAAUUCUACAAGCGAAUGGAUGUUUGGAAAAAUUUGCGGGAUUUGAUGGAUCUGGAAUGAAAUUUGGUCAAUUAAAACUUCGUCCAAUAAUUUCUUCCAAUUUGAAAGCAGAAAUGGAAUAUAAUCAACUUCGUUUAGAGCAAGUUCUCUCUCCUUUGUUGGCGCUUAUGUAUGGGACUGGAGACAAUGUACCUAACAAUUUAAUUCGUUCUUGUCUUAUAUUUGCUUGUGACCAUGGAAUGAAAAAAAUUGUUAAGGAAUUGGAAGAGAUGAUUUGUAAUGAAUUAAUUACUGGACCUAAUAUUCUGCUUAAUCAUUUCCAAUUUGCUGAGAGAUAUCAUUUGAAGAAUUUGGAACGAUUUUCUCUGUGGCAAUUGGAAUGUGAAGAGUAUCACAAAUUAGGACUUGCACUGCUCGAAUUAGAAGAUUACAACAAACUUGGAAAAAAUAUGCGAUAUAAUAUUGAGGAUCGUCUUUGUAGUGGUUGGGGUGUUUAUAACAAAUCUUUGGCUAAACGUGAAAAGAGUGGAAUUAUUCGUUUUGUGUUAAACACCCAAUCUUGUGAGCCUGAAACUGCUUCAGUCAAAAACGAUGAUCUUUGUACUGUGGUGACUGAAAACGAGGCUGAAUUCGAUGCUUACCAGCAUGAGCUUGGUACUGAAGUAUAG